AUGGGUGCAGCUUGUGGAGCACCGUGUACAGACAACUUGGACGCAUUCAAUCGUGCCUGCAUCGAGCAAGUCCAAUACUCGAGGCAGCUGCGCAACACAGAGCAGGAAAUGGUCUUCACCCACAGACUUGAGGACUCCUUGAAGCGAUCUAUGCGGGCGCGUCGCUGGAUCUCAGACGAUGGAACCGGUGAAGAGUUGGACAGGCUUUCGCGAGAGCUGUUCCUGUUGCAAGACUUGGAUGGUGACGGACUACUCGGGGAAGAUGAGCUUGUGCAGAUCAAUCUGACCAUUGCUGUACUUCACCAUGGUGACGGUGCAGAUCUGGUUAAAGUGGAGGAUGCAUACAGAGCCAUGUUCCGCGAGAAGCUCAAUCCAGACGGACACGCCAUCCAGUUUGGCUGCUUUCGGAAGCAUCUGCGUGGUGUGCUGAACAGUCUUGACGCAGACGUGCUUGCACAGAAGAUGAUCCUGGAACAGUUCGUUGCUGAAGCAGCAGUUGCCAGAGAAGUUCGAUCGCAAGAGCUGGAGGCCCUUCAUCAGUCUGGAUUGACAUUCAUGUGCUAG